AAACAUAAUGGUUAUAUGCUUAAGGACUCAUUGUGUUUUCCAUUGAGGAAAAUCAUAGCAUUCCAAUCAAAACCUAGUGGUGAUUUGGGAAUCGGAAAAGAUGAACUUUGUACAAUGACGAGGGAUCACGACUUUGGUGCCUUGGAGCAAAUUGGGGGGGUAAAAGGGGUUUCAGAUCUUUUAAAAACAAAUUUAGAAAAGGGGGUUCCUGAAGAUGAUGCUGACUUACUGAAACGAAAGAAUGAAUUUGGAUCAAACACCUAUCCUCAGCCAAAAGGAAGAAGUUUUUUGGGGUUCCUUUGGGAAGCUUGUCAAGAUUAUACAUUGAUCAUAUUGGUGGUGGCUGCAGUGAUUUCUUUGGCUUUGGGUAUACAUACAGAGGGUAUUAAGAGAGGAUGGUAUGAUGGGGCUGGCAUUGCGUUUGCUGUUAUUAUUGUUAUUGUUGUGACAGCUAUAAGUGAUUAUAGACAAUCUCGUCGGUUCCAAAAUAUAAUUUUAGAGAAGAGAAACAUACAUUUGCAGGUUAUAAGGGGUGGUAGAAGAGUUGAGGUUUCAAUAUUUGAUGUUGUUGUUGGUGAUGUUGUGCCCCUCAACAUUGGUGACCAGGUACCUGCUGAUGGAAUUUUGAUCACUGGUCACUCUCUUGGAAUUGAUGAAUCAAGCAUGACUGGAGAGAGCAAGAUUGUUCAUAAGAACUCGAGGAACCCAUUUCUAUUGUCUGGCUGCAAAGUGGCAGAUGGUUGUGGCACAAUGUUGGUAACAAGUGUUGGGAUUAAUACUGAAUGGGGGUUGCUUAUGGGUUCUAUCUCAGAAGACACUGGUGAAGAAACACCCAUGCAGGUUCGUUUAAAUGGGAUUGCAACUUUCAUCGGUAUCGUUGGAGUUGCUGGAGCUUUUGGGGUGUUGGUUGUCCUUUUGAUCAGAUUCUUUACUGGCCACACCAAAAAUCCUGAUGGAAGCGUUCAGUUUAGACGAGGCAAGACUAGUGCUGAUGAUGCUGCAAAUGGAGCCAUUGAAAUUAUAAGUAACUCUGUUGGCGUUGUUGCUGAUGCUGUAGAUGUCGUCAUUAAAAUUCUUUCUAUAAUGGUUGCCAUUGUUGUAGUUGCAGUGCCUGAAGGACUUCCCUUAGCUGUUACCUUAAUUCUGGCCUAUUCAAUGAGAAAAAUGAUGGCAGAUAAGGCCUUGGUGCGCAGGCUUUCAGCCUGUGAAACAAUGGGCUCUGCAACAACUAUUUGCAGUGAUAAGACUGGUACCUUAACCUUAAAUCAGAUGACUGUCGUUAGUACUUUUAUUGGUGGACAAAAAAUUGAUCCUCUAGUCAGCAAGUCAGAGUUGCCUCUUAUGUUGUCAACUUUACUUAUUGAAGGCAUCGCACAGAACACAAAUGGCAGUGUUUUUGUUCCCGAGGGUGUAGAAGAUGUAGAGGUUUCUGGCUCACCAACAGAAAUGGCUAUUCUAAUUUGGGGAGUCAAGCUGGGAAUGAAUUUUGCUACUGUUCGAUCAGAGUCUACUGUCAUUCAUGUCUUCCCAUUCAACUCAGAGAAAAAAAGAGGUGGUGCAGCACUACGUCUGCCUGAUUCUCAAGUGCAUAUACACUGGAAGGGAGCUGCUGAAAUAAUCUUAGCCUUAUGUACGGGGUACAUUGACGCAAAUGAUCAUAUAGUACCAAUGGAUGAAGAUAAGAAGUCAUUUUUUAAACAAGCUAUUGAUGAUAUGGCUGCUGGUAGUUUGCGUUGUGUUGCCAUAGCAUAUAGAUCAUAUGAAAUUGAGAAGGUUCCGGUUGAUGAAGAACAGCUAACUCAAUGGGCAUUACCAGAAGAUGAUCUCAUUUUGCUUGCUAUUAUUGGCUUAAAGGACCCAUGUCGACCAGGUGUCAAAGAAGUAGUGCAAUUGUGUCAAAAUGCUGGUGUUAAGGUGCGCAUGGUCACUGGUGACAAUCUUCAAACUGCUAAAGCAAUUGCUUUGGAAUGUGGGAUACUAAGUUCAGACGAAAAUGCUAUGGAACCAUAUCUUAUUGAAGGAAGAGUAUUUCGUCGCUACUCAGAGGAAGAAAGAAAAGCAAUUGCUGAGGACAUCUUAGUGAUGGGACGGUCUUCUCCAAAUGACAAACUUCUACUUGUUCAAGCAUUGAAAAAGAGGAAACAUGUUGUCGCUGUAACUGGAGAUGGCACAAAUGAUGCUUCUGCAUUACAUGAGGCAGAUGUUGGUCUUUCAAUGGGUAUUCAAGGUACAGAAGUUGCUAAAGAGAGUUCUGAUAUUGUAAUUCUGGAUGACAACUUUGCUUCAGUUGUGAAGGUUGUCCAAUGGGGUAGAUCUGUAUAUGCAAAUAUUCAGAAGUUCAUCCAGUUUCAACUUUCAGUUAAUGUUGCAACCAUCAUUAUAAAUAUUGUGGCUGCAAUUUUUUCUGGUGAGGUCCCAUUGAAUACUGUACAGCUUCUCUGGGUUAAUCUUAUUAUGGACACUCUUGGGGCGUUGGCAUUGGCUACUGAGCCACCUACAGAUCACCUGAUGCAUAAGCCCCCUGUUGGUCGCAGGGCACCUCUAAUUACAAAUAUCAUGUGGAGGAACCUUCUGAUACAGACAAUUUAUCAGGCAAGUGUAGUGCUUGUCCUAGCUUUCCGAGGGAGGAGUUUAUUAGGCCUGCAGCAUCAAAGUGCUGAACAUGCAAACAAAGUGAACCAUACCAUAAUGUUCAAUGCAUUUGUGCUUUGUCAAAUCUUCAAUGAAUUUAAUGCCCGAAAACCAGAUGAAAAGAAUAUUUUUAAAGGAGUCACAAAAAACCAUUUGUUCAUGGGGAUAGUUGCAGUAGAAAUAAUUCUUCAGUUUAUUAUAGUUGAGUUCAAUGGAAAGUUUACUUCAACAGUGGGGCUUAACUGGAAGCAAUGGCUGAUUUCAGUUGCUAUUGGUUUUAUGAGCUGGCCGCUUGCAUUUGUUGGCAAACUGAUACCUGUUCCAGAAACCCCCUUGCUCAAGUUCUUUUCAAGGAGAUUUCGUGGACUUAGAAAUUAUCUAAGAACUAUCUGUUAAUCAGCAUAAGCCACGAUGAUUUACAGCAUUGACGUUAAGCUGUAUGAUAGGGAAUUAACUAAGUUCAUUAGUGCUUUUUCUCCCUUCCUUUAAGUUAAAGGAUGACGAAAAUUUCAGAUAAAUUUUCAGCAACAAUCCCAAUUUUCUUUUAAAUUUUUGAGCGAUUGCCAAAUCCAGUAAAACUUUAAAGACUUCAAGCUUAUUCUGUUGGCUUUUUAUAUACUUUGUAUAGAUAGAUUGUGUGUGCGUGUACGUAAAUAAUGAUUUCAAUGAAAUGUUUUUCUUUCCCCUC